AUCGAGUUCCACUCCCCCUUACACGCACACGCACACGCACUGCCUCCCGAUCUUGACUGCAUGUGUGCCUCUUUGUGCCCCAAAAUUGGCCGAGUGAGGGAGGAGAGGGAAGUGUUGAUGAGACAAAGAGCCGCAGGCUGUGCGUCGGCGUGAAGGAGGAGGGAUCGAACACCAAGGAGGACCAUCAUCAUCAUCAUCAUCCUCGUCACCAUCACCAGCAGCAGCAGUCACCUUUUUGUCAAAGUCACCAAGCAGAUCAUUAAAAAGGUGAAGAAGAAGAGGAGUUGGUGUUUCUUCUUGGAUCUUGGUGAUGAUGAGACGUCCAUUGCCGUCCAUGUGAUGCCAUUGGCUGCGUUCAUUUUGGAUUUCGCCCCCCGCCUGGCAGCACGUCUUUUAGCGCCAAAGUGCCCCGCCAAAUGCUCGUCGAGCUGCGGUGAUUUUCCCCCGCUGCUGCUGCUGUUGGCGGGAGACGACAGGUGUCUCGGCGCGCCGCUUUUUCCCGCGCUCGCACUCACCUUUGCGACGAUGAGGGGAACUUCCGUGAGCGAUGCCUAAGGGGCGCGAUGGGCCUGAGCGACGACAAGGAUCGCAUCGUGAUCAACGUGGGAGGGAUCCGGCACCAGACGUACCGCAGCACCCUCCGCACCCUGCCCGGCACACGCCUGUCGUGGCUGGCCGAGCCAGACGCGCCCAACCACUUUGACUAUGACGCCAAGAUCGAGGAGUUCUUCUUCGACCGCCACCCGGGGGUCUUCGCGCACAUCCUCAACUACUACCGGACAGGGAAGCUGCACUGCCCCGCCGAUGUGUGCGGACCUCUGUACGAGGAGGAGCUGGCUUUCUGGGGCAUCGACGAGACGGACGUGGAGCCCUGCUGCUGGAUGACCUACCGCCAGCACCGGGAGGCGGAGGAGGCCCUUGAUAGUUUCGGCGGGGGGGGACUGUUGGAUCUGGGCAGCGACGACGCCGAGCCCGACCAGGAGCACGGGGAGGACGACGUGGAUGAGAUGACGAGGAGGCUGGCGCACGGAGACUCUCCGGACACGCGGAGUGGGAGCUUGUGGAGCCGCUGGCAGAAGCGCGUCUGGGCUCUCUUUGAGGACCCCUACUCCUCUAAAUAUGCAAGGUGGGUGGCCCUGGCCUCGCUGUUCUUUAUCCUGGUAUCCAUCACCACGUUCUGUCUGGAGACCCACGAGGCCUUCAACCCCAUCAUCAAUCGCACAGAGUUGGAGUUGGUGAACAACAUCACGGUGGAGCGCAUCUACCAGGAGCCUGAGACGGCGGCCUACCUCACCUACAUCGAAGGUGUUUGCGUGGUUUGGUUCACUUUUGAGUUCCUAAUGCGAAUAACUUUCUGCCCAAACAAAUUUGACUUCAUCCGGAACGCCCUGAACAUCAUCGACUUUGUGGCCAUCCUGCCCUUCUACCUGGAGGUGGGCCUUAGCGGGCUCUCCUCUAAGGCAGCUAAGGACGUACUGGGUUUCCUCCGAGUGGUCCGCUUUGUAAGGAUUCUGCGAAUCUUCAAGCUCACUCGCCACUUUGUAGGUUUGAGGGUACUGGGCCACACCUUAAGAGCCAGCACCAACGAGUUCCUUCUCCUCAUCAUCUUCCUCGCAUUGGGUGUCCUCAUCUUUGCCACAAUGAUCUACUACGCAGAACGGAUCGGCGCCAACCCCAACGACCCUCGAGCCAGCGAGCACACGCAGUUCAAGAACAUCCCGAUUGGAUUCUGGUGGGCCGUGGUGACCAUGACGACCCUGGGCUAUGGGGACAUGUACCCUCAGACGACCUCCGGAAUGUUGGUGGGAGCCUUGUGCGCCUUGGCAGGCGUGCUGACCAUCGCCAUGCCAGUCCCCGUGAUUGUCAACAACUUUGGAAUGUAUUACUCCCUGGCCAUGGCGAAACAGAAACUACCAAAGAAAAAAAACAGGCAUAUUCCACGAGCACCCCAACCUGGUUCUCCAAACUUCUGUAAAUCAAGCAUCAGCUCACAACAUCAGAGCCCUAUCGCCCACGACGACGUCUUCGAAAUCAAGUUUCAAGGGCAGGGGGUACACUUCCAUCGUGACUCAAAUGGAAAACAGAGAAGAAGAAAAAAAACCUAUGAGAACUAUUCCAAGCUAAACGGCGAGGCUGCCAACGCGGCCCUGGCCAACGAAGACUGCCCCCACAUAGACCAGGCUAUAUCUCCGGAGGAAAUCUUCAGCCCCGGCGAAAGAGAGCGGCCCUGCUUCCUGGUCACCACGGCCGAGCGGCCCAACCACACAGGGGGCAGAGUGAGGAGGGGUUAUGAAAAGCCUUGGAGCCUUAACAGCAUGUCUGGCAUGAGCGGGGGUGCCUCUGGAGUGUCCUCAGUGUCCGCCCUGCCCUGCAGCCCACCUUGUCUAAUACAGCACUCACAUUCUCCCAUCCCAUCCAUUAUGUAGCAUGGCUGAGUAGCAGACACGAUGCCAUUGGAAGGCCAGCCCACCACCUCCUAUAUUUCUUGUCAGAUAUUAUUAUUUUUUUGCUUCUUUUUCUCCUGCUUUCUCAUUGUUAUUUUCCUGGAAAAAGUGUAUUUCAACUGUUUCCAAUACUUCCCAAGUGUUCUCCUUGGGGGUGUCAUCAUAUCCUGUAGACUAGAGUCCCAUUGGCGAGAUGCCACUCGUGCAUGGGUCACCUGAGCUGCAGACAAAGCACUGUUCUACUACGGGCUGACAUUUUUCCCUAUGUUGACUUCAUUGCCUGUUGCUCUGUUGCUUUUGAUCUCACAUACCUUUCUAAUCUCAUCUGCUUUUGACAAUUCUGUGAAAGAAUUCAUAAGAUGUGAUGACACAUUUACAACACAUUUCUUUUCCAUUGCCAGCUGUUAAGGAAACUCCUCUUAAGUUCUCUGUAUGUUGCAAAGUUAACGAUUGUGAAAGCGCACACCAGGCGUUUAGUUGUUUUUUUUUUUUCAAGCAGCAAGAUGAUGUCCAAUGCAUUAUGGAGAUGAUGACAAUUCUUAUGAUACUAGUGAUGACUAAAACUCAUGUCAACAGAACUAAAACUGUUUGUUCCUUUGCAUGAAGUGCAUGAGAAAUUAUGUUUCACAAUUGUAUUGCAGUACCUGUAACAAGCAAACAUUUUCUGUUCAAAAGCAUCUAAGCUUUGCCAUUUUUAUGCAUUUUUGAGACAGCUUUAUAAGAGACUCAGUCAUAGCAGAGAGUUUUAUGUAGCUACCAUUCAUUGCCUUUCCCCAAAUUCUAAAUUGUUUUCAUAUUUUCAUGUAUUCAUUUUGACUGGGGCCAUUUAAAAAAAAAAUGCCAACCUUUGCGGUUAAAAACAUAUAUGUUUUAUUUUUUAACUAUACCCCACUAGUAGUUAGAAGCUUUUUUUUUAACUACAGCUGCUGUUUUGGCUAAAAUAGAGACAAAAAUGACAACAAUGGUGCCUUCAAAUCAAGUGAGGCAAUGUAGAACAAAAAUAUUUUGACACAAUACAACACUGUUGUAGCAUUUAAAAGCUGCUUGUGACUUAAUUUUUAUAAGGUGAUUGGUCCUUUUGGUUGUUGUAGACUAAGAAUAAUCUUUAGGAGAGACAAAAAAAUGUUUGAUUAAAGAAGCACAAUACAUUAACCAAGGGCCACACUAACAUACAUACAUAUAUAUAUAUAUAUAUAUAUAUAUAUAUAUAUAUAUAUAUACAUAUAUAUAUAUAUAUAUAUAUAUAUACACAUAUACACACAGUACAGGCCACAAGGACACACCUUCUCAUUCAAUGCAUUUUCUUUAUUUUCAUGACUAUUUACUUUGUAGAUUGGCACUGAAGGCAUCAAAACUAUGAAUGAACACAUGUGGAGUUAUGUAUUUAACAAAAAAAGGUGAAAUAACUGAAAACAUACUUUAUACUCGAGUUUCUUUAAAAUAACCACCCUUAGCUCUGAUGAGUUUCAAGCACACCUGUGGAGUGAAACAACAUUUCAGGUGACUACCUCCUGAAGCUCAUCCAGAGAAUGCUUGGAGACGGUGCGAAAAAGUAAUCAGAGCAAAGGGUGGCUAUUUUGAAGAAACUAGAAUAUAAAACAUGUUCUCAGUUAUUUCACCUUUUUUGCGAAGUACAUAACUCCACAUGUGUUCAUUCAUAGUUUUGAUACCUUCACUGACAAUCUACAAUGUAAAGAGUCAUG